AUGGCUGUCCAUGGAAUUGUGGACACUUGUGCAUUUGCUGCUGGACAUGGUCAAUUGGAAAUACUCAAAUGGGCCCGUGAAAAUGGCUGCCCCUGGAAUGAAGACACUUGUGAAAUGGCUUCUUCUGGUGGGUAUUUGGAAGUACUGAAAUGGGCCCGUGAACAUGGCUGUCCAGAGGAAGAGGAAGAGGACGAAGAAGAUGAAGAUAUUUAG